AUGGAAAGGGAUCGAGUUGCUGGAUCUUGCAACUCCCCUCCCUAUUUUGACGGCAAUAACUAUGCUGCGUGGAGAGAAAAAUUUGAGAUAUUCCUUGAUGCUCUUGAUGAGUAUGCAAGUGGGUAUCUCACAAAAGAGUGGGUUGCUCCGGUCAAGACUGUUGAGGGUGAACUUGUGUCCAAGCCUAGGCCAGAAUGGACUGAAGCUGAGGUGUUUGCUGCAUAUUCGAACAAGAAGGCCAGAAAUGCCUUAGUUACAGCUUUGUCUAGCACACAAUUUGCACAUAUACAACACAUCCCUAAUGCUAAACAAGCUUGGGAUAAACUAAGGGUAGUUCAUGAAGGGGAUGACCAAGUUAGAACCCUAAAACUUCAGAUGGUGCUUGCACAAUUUGAAGAACUUAGAAUGUCUGAAUCUGAGUCCAUUUCUGAGUUCUAUGGAAGAGUUGAGAUGAUCACAAAUGAAGCCAUGAGUCUAGGUCAACCCAUUGAAGAGCUUCUUGUUGUUCAGAAAAUUCUUCGUGUUCUACCAUCUAGGUUUAGAGCAAAGAAAACCGCAAUCAUGGAGGUCCAAAAUUUAAAUGAAAUUAAGCUUGGCAAGCUUGUAGGAAAAUUGAAAACCUAUGAGAUGGAAUUGAACAUGGAAGAGAAUGACUCCAAAAAAUCAAAAAAUGUUGCACUUCAAGGAGUGCAUGUUUCCUCUCCGAAAGGUGGUGAUAAAUCCUCAGGUUUUGAGGAUGAGAUGGCUUUGUUUGUCAAAAAAUUUAGGAGAAUUCUUAAGGAUAAGGGAAAGUUUGCUAGAGACGGCAGCUCUGGUAGUGAGAAAAAUUUUAGACCAUCAACUGAUCGGUUUAAUGAGAGGAAUAAGGAUGUCAAACCUUUCACGAAAGAUUUUAGAAAAUCUGUCAAGUGCUUCACAUGUGGAGGCAUUGGACACUAUGCUGCUGACUGUGCAAACAAUCAGAAAAAAUACUCCAAAGGAAAGGACAAGGCCAUGAAAGUGAGCUGGAGUGAGAGUGAAAGUGAAGGCUCUCAAGAUGAUUCAUCUUCCUCUGAUGAUGAUGACCAACAUGUUGCCUUUGUUGCCUCUGUACAGCCCAUGUCUGAUGAAUCUGAUUCUGAGUCAGAUGACCUGUCAUACGAGUCAUUAGGAAGAAAAUAUGAUUGUUUGUUUAAAGAGACCUUGUCCUUGAAAGAAGAGAGCCUCAAACUUGAGGCAAAUAAACAAGAUCUUCAAAAUGAAAUUCUCAUCUUAAAAGAAACCAAAAAGGAGUUGAGUGACAAAUUUGAGUCUCUAGAAAAAGAAAUUGAUGCUCUUGUGUCAAUUAGGAGUAACCUCGAAAACCAAGUUAAUGUGCUCAAGGAAAGUAACAUUGGUUUCCAGAACUCAAACAAACAGCUCCUAGGUGAAUUGAAUGAAGCAAAUAGGAAGAUUAUAUCUAUGACCAUUGGUGCAUCAAAAAUUGACAAAAUGUUGAAUAUGGGAAAACUUCAUGGGGACAAAGGUGGUCUUGGAUUUAAUCACUUUGGUUCUAGUUUGUCUAGUUCUACCACUAAGUUUGUCAAAUCAGAAAAUCCAGUCACAAUUCCUCUUGAUGUUCAGCAGGUUGUCAAGAAACCUAAGUUUGUUCCAACUUGUCACAGGUGUGGGUUGACUGGUCAUAUUCGACCAGUCUGUCAUAUGUAUAGCAAAGAUAAGACUAGAAAAUUGUCUCCAAAAUCUAAAAGAAAUCCCAGAUCUUUGCAAGAUCAAGUUGAUCAUUUGCUGAAUGAGGUCACUAAGAUAGCCAAACUUGUCUCCCUCAAAAUGAGUUCUCCUAUUGUGCCUAAGUCUACUUGGAUUGCAAGAGGUCAUACCAAAUCUCUUGUUGUGCUAAAUGCUUUUGCUGCUUCAAAUAUCAACUCUUGGUAUUUUGAUAGUGGUUGUUCCAAACAUAUGUCUGGAGAUAAAAAUGUUUUUUCAUCUCUCAGCCCCUUUGAUGGAGGCACUGUGACUUUUGGUGGAGGUCAUAGAUCUCAAGUUGUUGGAAAAGGUACUGUUUGUAUCCCUGGUCUGCCCGAGCUUAAGAAUGUUAGAUUUGUUGAGGGUCUCACAUCCAAUCUCAUUAGUGUGAGUCAGCUGUGUGAUGAUGGAAUAGUAGAAGUCAGAUUCUCCAAGCAUGGCUGCAAAAUCAUUGGAAAAGGUGGAAAUGAGAUUGUGAGCGUGGCAAGGUCUAGGGACAAUUGCUUCUGCAUUGAUGGUGUCAACGAUGCAAAAGAAAUAGUUUGCAACAAGGUUGUAAAUGAAACAAGUAUUUUGUGGCAUCAAAGGCUUGGACAUGUUAAUUUUAGAGACUUGCAUAAGUUGUCCAAGAGAGAGCUAGUAAGUGGCUUACCAAAGCUGGAAAAAUCUGAUGAGCAUGUUUGUGAAGGAUGUCAAUUAGGCAAACAGGUCAGAGUGUCACACAAAAAGGUCAAACACAUUCAAACAAAUGUAAUUCUAGAACUUGUUCACAUGGACCUUGUUGGUCCUAUUCAAACCGUGUCCCUUGGUGGAAAGAAAUAUAUUCUUGUCAUGGUUGAUGAUUUCUCUAGGUUUACUUGGGUCUCAUUUCUACGUGAGAAAUCUGAAACUUUUCAAAGGUUUAAGUCUGUUUGUCAUCUUUUGCAAAAAGAGAAGAUGACUAGUCAUCUGCCUCUUGUUAGAAUUAGAACAGACCAUGGCUCUGAAUUUGAGAAUUCUCAGUUUCUGAAAUUUUGCGAAGAGAUGGGAAUUAAACAUGAGUUCUCUGCACCUAUUACACCUCAGCAAAAUGGUGUUGUGGAGAGAAAGAAUAGAGUGCUUGUAGAGAUGGCAAGGGUGAUGCUAAAUAGCAAAAAUCUUGCUAAACACUUUUGGGCUGAAGCUGUCAAUACAGCUUGUUACAUCUCAAACAGGGUAUUUGUGAGGUCUGGUACCAAACAAACUCCCUAUGAGAUUUGGAAAGGAAAGAAGCCUAAUGUGUCAUAUUUUAAGGUCUUUGGUAGCACAUGCUAUAUUUUGAGAGAUAGGGAGCAUCUUGCUAAGUUUGAUUCUAAGUGUGAUAAGGGAAUCUUUCUAGGAUAUUCCACUUCUAGCCGAGCCUAUAGAGUGUACAAUUGUAGGUCCAGAACCAUCAUUGAAUCCAUAAAUGUCACUAUUGAUGAUUUUGCUGCCUCUAUAGAGAUGGCAUUAGAUGAGGAUGGUCUUUUUCCUCCUCCUCCACUUGUGCAAAAAUCUCCAGGUCUGGAUCUUGUGGUUGACCUGUCAACUUUUGAAAAUUCUGUCCCGGUUGACCUGUCAACCCCUUCAACUUCUAGUUCCAUCUCCUCUGUCCAGGCUGACAGCUCUCAUACUGAUCAUAGUUCUCUCACUCCAUCUGCGAGUGUCAUUAUUGGCCCUCUUAAUCAAGGAGUGAGAACUAGGAAACAACUUGCUCAAGAAAUUAGCCAUGUGUGUUAUGUUUCCAAGGAAGAGCCUAGAAAUGUGAAAGAAGCCUUGCACCAUGGUGAAUGGUUUCUUGCAAUGCAGGAAGAAUUAAAUCAAUUUGUGAGAAAUGAUGUUUGGUACCUUGUUCCAAGACCAGUCCACACUAAUGUCAUAGGCACUAAGUGGAUUUUCAAGAAUAAAACCGAUGAACAAGGUAAUGUGGUGAGAAAUAAGGCUAGAUUGGUUGCUCAAGGAUACACUCAAAUGGAAGGCAUUGACUUUGAUGAAACUUUUGCCCCUGUUGCACGAUUAGAAUCAGUUAGAUUGCUUCUUGCCAUUGCUUGUCAUUUGAAAUUUAAACUUUAUCAAAUGGAUGUCAAAACUGCCUUUUUAAAUGGUGUCCUAAAUGAAGAGGUCUAUGUUGAGCAGCCAAAGGGUUUUGAAGAUCCACAUCAUCCAAAUGAUGUGUUUCGUUUAAAAAAGGCUCUCUAUGGUUUAAAACAAGCUCCUAGAGCAUGGUAUGAGAGGUUAUCCUCUCAUCUUCUAGGAAAUGGGUAUGUUCGAGGGUCCGUUGAUAAAACAUUGUUUGUGAAAAGGUUUAAAAAGGAUGUCUUGAUUGCUCAAGUGUAUGUUGAUGAUAUUGUGGUUGGUUCUACAUCUGAUUUGCAUGUUCAAGAUUUUAUUCAUGUCAUGACUAGUGAAUUUGAAAUGAGUCUUGUCGGUGAGCUUAAUUAUUUCUUAGGUCUCCAAAUUAAACAGAGCCAUGAUGGGAUCUUUGUAUCCCAAUCUAAAUAUGCAAAAAAUCUUGUGACAAAAUUUGGUUUGGAAGGAGCCAAAUCUGCAAGAACUCCAAUGAGCACUAGUGCUAAGAUUCAUAGAGACUUGCAUGGCAAAAGUGUGGAUCAAACUCUCUAUAGAAGCAUGAUAGGAAGUCUUCUCUACUUGACUGCUAGUAGACCUGACAUUUCUUUUAGUGUUGGUGUAUGUGCUCGGUUUCAAAGUGACCCAAAAGAGUCUCACUUGUUUGCUGUUAAGAGAAUUAUAAAAUAUGUGAGUGGGACUAGUGAUUUUGGGUUGUGGUAUACCUAUGACACUUGUGUCAAUCUUGUUGGGUAUAGUGAUGCCGAUUGGGCAGGUUGUAGUGAUGAUAGGAAAAGCACUUCCGGGGGGGUUUUCUAUGUAGGCAACAAUCUUGUUGCUUGGCAUAGCAAAAAACAGAAUUCUGUCUCCUUAUCCACUGCUGAAGCAGAGUAUGUUGCCGCUGGGAGUUGUUGUACUCAACUCCUUUGGAUGCGACAAAUGUUGGAAGACUAUGGUCUUGCUCAAUCAUGUUUUCUAAUCUAUUGUGACAACAUGAGUGCCAUAGAUAUUUCAAAAAAUCCUGUUCAACACUCUAGGACUAAGCAUAUCGACAUUCGGCACCAUUUUAUUAGAGACCUUGUGGAAGACAAAAUUUUAACUUUGGAAUUUGUUCCCUCUGAAAAACAGCUAGCAGAUAUACUCACCAAGGCCUUGGACUUUCAGAAACAUGGUACACUAAGGCAAUCCAUUGGCCUUUGUUCCAUUGAUUGA